AUGUCUACCAAGACCCCAUCGCGGGUUGUCUUUGUGGGCAACAUACCCUAUGGACUGUCCGAAGAGCAGAUCAGCGAGCUGUUCAGCAGCGCCGGCCAGGUCCUGAACUUUCGCCUUGUCUAUGACAGAGACACAGGCAGGCCAAAGGGGUUUGGCUUCGCAGAGUACCCCGACGCAGAUUCCGCCGCAUCAGCAGUACGGAACCUGAACGACCACGAGAUCAUGGGUCGCAAGCUGCGCGUCGACUUCAGCAACGAGGGGGGAGCAGGGAACGACGACUCAGGACGCAACGACCGCGGCGACGCCAACAACUACACCAACAGCAACAAUAACAAUAACAACAACUACAACCCGCCUCCUCCCAAUGGCAACGACACCCCAUCCGCCGGCGGCGCCCUCCCGCCCCUCCCACCAGGCCGCGACCUGCCCCCGGGCGUGACCUGCACCGACGCCAUCUCGCGAACCCUCAACACCCUGCCCCCCGCCCAGCUGCUCGACAUCCUCUCCUCCAUGAAGCAGCUCGCCUCCACCGACCCGGCCCGCGCCACCGAGCUGCUGAACCAGGCCCCGCAGCUCUCCUACGCCGUCUUCCAGGCCCUGCUGCUCAUGGGCCUCGUCUCCCCGGAGGCCAUCAACGCCGUCCUCGAGCCCGGCUCCAACCCCGCCGCCGCAGCCGGCCCGCCCCCUGGUGCCGCACCAGGUGGCUACCCUCCCCCCGCGCAGCAGCAGCCCGGCUUCCCCGGCGCGACAAACACCCCGCCCGUGGCCGCCCCGACGCCGUACGCGCCGCCCCCGGCUCCCGCACCACCCGUUGCGGUCCCGGCCGCUGGCCCCGCCCCGGCGGCUGCUGGUGCCUUUGGCGCGGCGCCCGGCCAGAACCCAGACGACCUGAUCCAGCAGGUGCUGUCUCUCCCCGAGGAGGUUAUAGCGCAGCUUCCUGAGGCAGAGAAGCAGGCUAUCCUCCAGCUUCGGGCCCAGUACAGCGGCCAGCGGGUGUGA